UAGUAUUUAAUAAUGUUGACUAAAUAAUAAAUAGUUACUCAUUUAUUGACUACCUAUUAAAGUAUUAACGGUCGACCGUUGUACCCUCAUUGCAUUAAUACUACAAUUGUUAUUUUAUACAGAAAUUAGGUAAAUAUCAUCAAAUUAUGAUUUUAUAGUUCAGUUUGCUUUGCUCCGAGUGCACCGACAGUCUUACUUUUUCAGUAGAGCAGCCUCUUUCGCUCGUAUAACGUUAUAAUACAAUUUUCAGUUUAAUUUUUUUACGUUUCACGUAUCAUAUUAAUAGUUUAGUCAUAAGAUUAUAAUUCAUAUUUAUUUUUUUUACAAAUAUCAUUCCUGCCUGGUGUAGGUAGUAAUAUAUAUUUUUCUAGUUGUAUUUUAACUAUUAAAAUUUGUAGUUUUGUUACAAUUUAAAUUUCCAUCUGCAGUCAAGAGAAACAUGUCUGCAAAAGAAGUACCAGAAAUUGCAUCCACAAGUUCGUCCGAGUGUUUAGAUGAGUCUAGACCUGAACAAUCCGUAACUGAUGAAGAAAUAAACAAUGUAACCUGUGCAUUUAAAAAUCAGAUACAAAUUGCAACUGAAUAUUAUAGUUCGUCUGCAGGUGAGGCGUUCAGUGAAAUGAUUCGAUAUGUACCAUCGUGGUUACAGAAAGAAAAAUACGAACAGGUAUUCGAACCUAAUUUUAUUCUAUUUUUGAUAGCCAAUCGAAGUCCGAAUAAAAAUGAUGUAUAUAGAAAUAUAUAUUUGUUAGUUAUGUUAGGUAUUGAAAGAGGAAACAAUUUGAAGAAAAUCACUGUAAAAUUAUCACCAUAUUAUCGCAGCUUAUUUGAAAGACUUAUAAUUAUGUAUAGUUUGGUCUCAAAAGCUAAAAAUUCAAAACUUGCCGUGACUUUAUCCAGAAUUUGUGAGAGCGUCCCAAUAAUGACAUGCUCAUAUCUUAAAAAUAAAGCCAAAAAUCCAAUUGUAUCUUUUGAACUGAUGGAAACGAUCUGUAAGAACUAUCCUAGAGUAAUGAUGACGUCUGCUUUUGCUUAUCUUAUACCAAACAAAGAGGAGGAAUUUUGUAUAUUUUUAAAAAAGGCACAUUUGCUUCAUCAAUACCAGUUUUUUGCUACAAUUUCGCGACUGAGACAUCCGUGUUCGUCUGUUGAUGACGAAGAUGAAUUCAUUUCUAAGGUUUACGUCGGUACUCAAGCAGCCAUCAAUGGGUCACACAUAGAAUACGAUAUUCAAAUGAAGUUUUUAAAAGAAAAUGAUUUAAUUGUGGAAGUGGAAAAUAAAAUAACUGUUACAGAAGGAAUUCUAGAAGCAGCUAAGUUGUGGGACGAAAAAAUAAGACAACAUGAAAUAAAUCAAAGGUAUGAUGGUUAUGAAUACGGAGAAGAUUUUAUGUAAUUAUAAAUGUUUCAUGUGAAUAUUAAUAAUGUACUUGAUAGUAUAAUAUUAGUGUAGGAUAAUGUUUGACUAAGUAUUUAACAAUAUUUUAUUCAGAACUUUAACUUAACCCCGUCGUUAGAAUUCAUAUAAAAUUAUUUUAAACUAAUACAACAUAUUAUUAUAAAUAAGCAAUUAAUUAUUGAAUAAUUUUCAAACGAAAAUUAUUGUUUAUGUUUUUUAACACAAUGAUUACACUAUUGUACUUAUUACCUAUGUAUUUUAUUAUCAAAGUUAUUAUGAUUAUAAUAUGUGUUAUUUCUUAUACAGUUCUAGGUUUAAAU